UGAUAAGAAACAAGAAUGACUUCUUUUUGGCCCACAAAUUACCAUCAAAUUAGGUUUUGCUAAAUUCCACUCUACGCUUCAAUUUCGCAAAUAAUCAUCACCACCAUCACCAUCACCACCACACCCACUCUUGUGGUGUGGUCACAAUUGAAUUGAAUUGAAUCAUUGUUUGCUGUAGAAUUGUUUGAUUCUGAUGGGGAAAGGAGGAGGCUGUGUGCCGAGCAAGAAGAAACUGCCGUCAGUCGCCGUCGACGCCGCUCCGGUUCCCGCUCCGUCGUCUGCCGUCGACAACACCAACACCAGCGCCAGUGCUGCCACAGCCGCAGACGACAAUGUUGCAUUGCGAUCGACAAUUUCAACCGAGCCGAUCGCGAAGUUGAAGAUAUUCAUAGUGUUCUACUCGAUGUACGGUCACGUUGAGGGACUGGCCCGGAGGAUGAAGAAAGGCGUGGAUGGGGUGGACGGAGUUGAGGCGGUUCUGUUCCGAGUUCCCGAGACGCUGACGGAGGAUGUUUUGCAGCAGAUGAGGGCGCCGCCGAAGGAUGAUGAGAUUCCCGAGAUACUGUCUGCGGCGGAGCUGGCGGGGGCGGAUGGGCUUCUGUUUGGGUUUCCGACGAGGUACGGGUGUAUGGCGGCACAGAUGAAGGCGUUCUUUGAUUCGACGGGGCAGUUGUGGAAGGAGCAGAAGCUUGCAGGGAAGCCGGCGGGGUUUUUCGUCAGUACCGGAACGCAGGGAGGAGGGCAAGAGACCACUGCUUGGACAGCAAUCACCCAGUUAGCUCAUCACGGAAUGCUCUUUGUUCCCAUUGGUUACACCUUUGGAGCUGGUAUGUUCAAAAUGGACUCCAUUCGAGGGGGUUCACCUUACGGUGCUGGAGUCUUUGCUGGUGACGGCACAAGAGAACCAAGUGAAACCGAGCUCGCACUUGCAGAGCACCAGGGAAAAUAUAUGGCUGCAGUUGUCAAGAGGCUAUCUCACGCUUGAUGCUAUUCCUGAUUUAGGCUUUAUCAAGCCUGUUGAAAUCUACCAUUCAUGAUUCUUUUGUGUCUUAUCAAUUUAAAUGUUUUUGUUAGUAAUCGGUUUUGGUAUUUCAUCUAUUGUCGUUGGGCAACGAAGAUCGUGCACCUUGAUGUCAGUUUUUUCUUUUUCUUUUUUCUUGUUUCUUUAUCUUAAUUUUUUGUACUCCUUUGUUUAAAAAACUGUACAUGGUUUGAUAUUCUUCUGCCUGAUUACAUCAAUAAUAAUGUGUGUGUGGGAUGUGUUCUUUCUGUA